CCGUGGGUUUAACACACAGCUUUGCAUUUGCAUCGGCGAAUCAUGCAUUACUCAACAAUAUGUAGAUUGGCACCCAUAACUUUUGACCCCAUAAGACACAUGACUGGCUGUCAAUGAUCAAUUGGGCAAGAUGGCUGGAGAACUGUACCCGCAAGAGUCCAUUCAUAAUUUCAUUGAAAAGAAAGUCAUCAUCGAGCGGCCAGAAAGGUAUGUGUCCAAGUUCAGGCCGGUAGUUAUAGAAGAAUGCAGGCCAACAAAUUACAUGAAAACAAUGGGGCCAACCAGAGUGGAUGUGCCAAUCCCAACUAAUUACCUAAAAAAGCACUCAAAAGAACCUCAACUACCUGAGAUAAAACAACAUGUCAGGAUUAAUUGCACCUGUACCACCAAAAAACCAGCCGUCCCUUCUGGGCCAUUUCUACCACCUGUUAGCAUCCCAAUCAAGAGGAAGACAACCACGCCGAAGGGGACCAAACAGUCUCCAUGUGUUGUUGACACAAACAAAGGACAUAAGGAGCUUCAUAAUAGAAACUCGGGACUUGUCCCUGUGUACAUAAGGAAAAAGGAUUAUGGAGAGGUACCAAAUUAUUUGAUGCGACGUAAAGCAAAGCAUCAAAAGGCGCUGGAGGAAUACAACAUUAAUUUGAAGAAGCAGGAAGAACACGAAACUAUGAAAUACCUUUCAGACAAGGAGUGUCAAGCCAUCAUUGAGGACCUAAAGAAGAAAUACAAUGAGCUGAAUGUCGAGUACCAGCGCCUCCCAUUUAUAAUUGACACCCCAUCAAUGAAAACACGUAAAGUACGCUUGGAGGUGGAAAUGAAGCAGCUGGAAGACGACAUUAAACUCCUUGACAGGUUGGAGUCCAUCUGCAAAAACAAAUAGCGAAUGGAUGUGCCCAUGGUGUCUUCCAUCCAUGGCAUCUACUGAACUCAAGUUGGGAACAAUUCAAAUGUUGAAAUGUUGAAAUGAUGUGAUGGGAAAUUGCUGUAUGAUUGGUGUCAGAGUUCUAUUCUGUCCUAUAUCAGCGAUCAAAUGUUUGUUACGUCUUAACAGAUGAGUGUUACAUUUCUUAAUGUUGUUCCUACAGAUACUAUAGAGGACAUAUCGUCUCCGAGGCAGACUUACUUAAAAAAUGUUUUUUUACAUUCUGCUAAAUGUGGCCUUUGCAAAGUAUUUGUUUUUUACUCGUUUUUAGGAAGCUGUCGUAAGGUUGUUAUACAAUUCAGCACUAAAACCUGAAAUGCACAUAUUGCUAAUGUUUAAAAGGCCUGGAACUUCACACUUGAUUGUCAAGUCAAUUCCUAGGAUUGACCUCAACAAAAUGGCAUAGUUGAGUAAGCCAGUUGUAUUUUUGUGAAUAUAAUUGUAUUAUAUUUUUCCAUCUGUGUAAAGAGCUUGUGAUUGUAACUUGUCAAUAUGUAACAAAGU